UCCAUUCACACAGCUCCCCAGGAAACACGCGCAGACGCUUAAUGUGGUGGAGAGGGUUGCUCAAAUCGCCGGCCCGGUCUUAUCCAACCUCACGAUGGAGACGGAUCGACCAUCGUCUCCAUCGCCGGGCAGGCUGAGGAUUUAUUCCGGUUCUCCAUCCUGGCUACCAUUUGAACAGAUCAGGCGUCCCGGGGUGGCAGAGUCCUGUGGCAAUCAAGCCCUGGUGGGCUUGGCACUAACAGGGUUUGCACCGCGAGAGAAUUGCUGAUCUGUCCGUCAACAUACAAGAGCAAGAGGAACUACCUAGGGCCUACUUUGAGAUAUGGAGCUGACUCAGAGUGGCUGGCGCUGAAGCAGGACUUGACUUGCUCACUGGUAUGGGUAAGCCGAGGAUGAAGAGUUUGGGCAAGGACCGGACAAGAAGGGGUGGUGUUUCGUUUGGUUUGGUUUGGUUUGGUUUGGUUUGGUGCUGUUGCAAGCGGGUGCCGAAACAGCGUCGGCGGCAAUCACAUCAUCUGCGCGCCGGUGGCUGGGACGUUGGCGAGCUCGACGGAGGAAGGGACGGCUCCGUAGCCGCUAAAGUCGAAGCAGCAGUCACAGUUCGAGACGGAGGAGGCAUAUCCGUCGGACUCCGCCUCAGAGGGGACGGAGCCAAUGGCUGGGAGGAACAGCCCGGUUUCGUCGAGUGGGAGCGAAUAGCAAUUGGCUUCCAUCUUGGCGAGGGUGCUGUCGUCAGCAAAGGUGGCGUAGAGCUCGUUGAAGGGCGAGGCGGGAAAAAAGCUCUGGGCGGGAAAGGGCAGACCUUCGGUUGGUCGAGGACCGACGGGGAGAAAGUUCAUAGCGCCUUGCUGUUCGAGCGGGGACAGGACCGGCGUAGGAAGCAGCGGCAAAACAGAGUUCCAGGCAAGGGUCGCGUCGGAUUCGGCCGGAGAUGCCUGGCGCGAAGGGACGACCGAGUCGGCGGUGUAGAAGAAAACUUGAUCGCUUCCGGACAGAAUGGGCGUCCAGGGGUACAUAGGAGGAAAGGCGGAGGCGAGGGGAUAGAGGGGAGGGGUGAGCUGCUGGAACUGAGAAACCGGGGUGGUGACCAGGCCAGUGACACGCUGAGUCUCGAUAUCCAAGAAGGGAACCGAAGGAGAGGGCGUAACCGCGGGAGAAAUGUUGAAUGCAGGAGGGACCGUGGCCGCAGGGAUAUGAGCGGCGGUGGCGGUGGUGGCUUCGAUGUGAUUGUGCUGAGCCCGCGGGAGCUUGCGAUCAUAAGGCUUCGCCCUGUGGAGCGACGGGCACGGUUCCACGGGAGCAGGAGCCAGAACAUGAGCAGGAGCAGCGGGACCAGAGGCAGAGGCACUGCUCUUGGGCAGCAGGGCGCGAGCCGAGCAGGUCGAGAACUGCUUCAUGUAGUGGUUGUUCUUAUGACGGCCGCGGGGCAUGAUGGUAAUAGCGGUGGAAGUGUGUACAGAGGGAGAGGCGAUGCAGAUGAUGGGGGGAGAGUGAAUGAAUACAGAAGCGAAUCCCGAAGCGAUGCAGUCGAAGUUGGGAGUGGAGUCCGGGAGCAGAGUCCGGAGGAUGGGAUGUAGCAACGGAUUACGCAAUGGGAACAAGAGUUGGAUCGAGAAUGGAAACGCGGUUGGACGAUGGGCUCAAGGUAUCGGGAUAUACUCGAGAAUCAGCGUGUGGGCAGAGUGGCUGGGCUCGGCAGUUUCACGGUUGCGAGCAGUGUGCCCGGGAGGGACGAAUGGGAGAGGAGCGAUCACGGAGACACCGAAGCGACAGAGCACUUGGCGAAAGGGACUGGAGGAUCAGACGGGAGGGGCGCCUGGGUGCAGCGUCAGCGAGGCAGGAGCUGGAAAGGCGAAUGUUUGGAAGGGCUGAAGCAGCGUGGGGCUGGUUGCUUCGAAUGUCAAAUGUCGCUGCAAAUUUUCAACAGGAGGGCAAUGAAAAGCUGAAUGUCGGUAAGAGGUUUAACCAUAGUACGUGCAGAUGGUCGAAGUGGGCAGAUCGGAUAGGAAGGGCGGUGGAAGGUUGGCCAGCAGUUCCCGGGAGCAGGGCGGAAUUUAUACGAGCGCGG